AUGCACGUCGUGAACGAGCUGCGCCAGCGCUACUGGGUGGUGAAGCUGCGCAGCGCCGUGCGCGCCGCCGCCGCGCGCUGCCCGCUCUGCCGCCGCCGCCGCGCCGCGCCCGCCGCCCAGCGCAUGGGGCCGCUGCCCGCAGCGCGCCUGCAGCACCACAGGCGACCUUUCAGCUGCACAGGUAUCGACUAUUUUGGUCCGAUGGAGAUAACAGUAGGCCGCAAGAGACAGAAGGUCUAUGGUGUAUUAUUUACAUGCCUCACCAUCCGUGCUAUUCAUAUUGAGUUAGCUGAGAGCCUCACAACUGAUAGCACAAUAAUGGCCCUGCGAAGAAUGAUUGGCCGCAGGUCCACACCGAGCGUAAUCUGGUCCGAUAACGGGACCAACCUUCGAGGGUGUGAUGCGGAACUACGCCAGAGUAUACGGGAGCUGAACACCGAGAAGCUACGCGAAGAUGGCCUCAGCAGAGGCAUAGAGUGGAGGUUCAUUCCACCAGGUGCGCCUGAGAUGGGCGGCGCCUGGGAGAGGAUGAUACGAACAGUAAAAACAGCCUUGAAAGUUGCGUUAAAGGAACGCGCUCCACACCGAGAGACACUAUCAACCCUGUUGGUUGAAGUGGAAGGGCUAGUCAAUAGUCGUCCGAUCACUCACGUAUCCACGGAUCCCAACUACCCGGAAGCCCUAACUCCGAAUCAUUUUUUAAUCGGAACUUCUUCUAACGGCCCAGCUUUCGGCAAAUACGAUGACGGCGACCUCUGUCUUAGGAAACAGUGGCGUAUAGCGCAGCGUCUAGCUGAUAUGUUUUGGAGUAGGUGGAUAAAAGAGUAUCUUCCAACUCUGUUACCUAGGCAGAAAUGGCAAACUGACGAAAGAGCGUUGCGAGUUGGAGAUUAUGUUGUACUGGUAGAUACUAAAGUAGACCGUGGUUGUUGGCGCCACGGAGUGGUGAGCGCGGCGCACGCCGGCGCCGACGGCCGCGCGCGCGUGGUGGACGUGCGCACGCGCGCCGGCGUGCUGCGCCGCCCCGCCACGCGCGUCGCCUUGCUCUCACCUAUUGAUUCGUAG